GACAUUGUUUGUUUAAUAUUCCAUAAUAUACAAGUUUUUAAUUUUUUGAAAUACUAUUAUUAAUUUCUCAACGAGUGUAGUUAGUUUUUUAGAUCACAAUGUUUUCUAUUAAAGAAGAAAAAGAACAAAAGCCUGAAAUUGCAGACCUUCCUCAAAAAUCUUCCAUGGAAAUAUUGUCAGAACUUUUCAGCACAUUUCAUGCAGAACCCCCAGUUAUAGUAAAAAAAGAAAAAUCAGAGGAAUCUAACAAAAAGCAUAAGAAAAAGAAAAAGCAUAAGAGCAAAGAAAAAAAACACAAGAAAAAAGAUAAGAAAAGAAAAAGAUCUGUUAGUAGUUCAUCAAGUCUCUCUGAAAAAGAAGACAAAAUGGAUUUGGCACAAAUCCUAAUCAAACAAGAAAAAGAAAUUGCAGAAAUGAAGAUAAAACAAGAGCUGAAGAAAAAUAGGAUAGAAAGUGCAGAUGAGAAUAAUGAAGGUGAUAUUAAGAAAGAAAAGAAAAACUCUAAAGAAAAAGAAGUUCAGGAAGUAAUAAAGCCUAGUUCUACUAAUAAACAUAAAAUUAUUAUUAAAGAUAUUAAAUUUAAAUCCUUGUUUGAUUCAGCCAUAAAUGAAAUCAAGAAGAAAAUUGAUGUCGAGGAAGGUGAACUUUCCACAGAUUCAAAUAGUUCAAAACAACAUAAGAAAAAGAAACAUAAAUGUCACUCUAAAAAGAGAUCAAGAAGUACAAGUAGGGACCACAAAGAUAAACAAAAGAGAUCCAAAAUAGAAGAUACAUCAGACAGAGAAAAAGACAGGCAUAGGAGACAUAGUAGGGAUAGAGAACACACUAGAGACAGAGAUAAAGAAAGACAUAGGGACACAAGUAGAAGUAGAGAUAAGGAUAAAGACAAAGAAAGGGAUUAUUAUGAUGGAAGAGAUAGAACUAAAGACAGGCAUAGGGAGCGUCAGAGAUCAAGGGACAGAUAUAGGGACGAAUAUUCUCGAGACUUAGAAGACUACAGGAGGUCCAAGGGAAGACAUAAAGAUGAUGACUUUUACAAAAGAGAAGAUACAAAUGAAAAGUGGUUUAUGAGAGAUAGGUACAGAGGCUAUGAUUCAAGAAGUAAGCAUAGAUCAUCUUCCAAUGAAAGAGACUCUAAAUUUGACAAGAAAAAACUUUUGGAAAUUGCUAGACGGAAUGCAAUAACAAUGAUGAAAUCAGGAAGUCUACCUGCUGCUUUAACUCUAGGACCUCAGGCACAGGAAAAGGUUAUUGCGGCUAUUAAAUCUGGUGGGAAAACUAUUGAGGAAUUGACUGAUUUUUGUAAAACUCUUUCAAGGAAGGAAGAAUUGGGAGAAUUGUCUAGUCUUUCAGAGGGGGAUGAUAGUGACAGUGAUACAGACAAACCAUUUCAUCAUCCAUUUCAAAUUAAAGAUAGACCCACAUCUAUAACUAUGAAUAUAAAGAAUUCUGUACCGCUACCGGUAAAAACAGCUUUCGAACGAACCAGCGAGUUGCGCAUCCAGUUUCCAGUCAGCAGUGGCCAACACCACAGGAAAGGUGAGGAAUGGAUGCCUGUGUCACCACCUUCAGCCAAAAAACUCGACGGUCUCCCUCCUUCAGCUGUUACAGCUGUUGCUACAAGCACGGCCUCUAUCAAUACAACUUCUACUAGUGGCAUUCCGUUGCCCUUAGAACCUCCUCCUGCUCCACCGGUUAUUCAAAGUCCCGAGAAGAUCCCGCUACCUACUGUUUCUCCUGCGACGCCAUCACUAUUGGCUGUGAGAAGUGAUAAGAUCCCUACGAUACCGGCUCCGCCCAAUGCGCCACCUGGUCCUCAAGUUUUUCCGACGCCAGCUAGUAAGGUUGCUGUGGAUAUUGGAUCUAUUAUAUCCCAAAGACUUUCUGCAAUGAGAAAGUUGCAAGAAAAUCCCAAUGACGUCCAGGCUUUAACUGAAGUUUACAAAUCGAACAAAGAAAUGCAGAGUUGGGCCACGAGUAAGCAACAGUUGGGCCAGUUUACUGGAUCGACGGGUGCUCAGAUUCUAUCUCAAGCUGAACUGUCUUCAGGCUAUCAAGCGUGGGCCAAAAAGGCCGUUUGUUAUGUUAUCGUAAAGGUACUUCUACUGGAAUCUACGAGACGACCAUAUUUGCUGUAUGGACCAACUACAAACUGCAGCUCCCGUGUCAGGAGGCAUGGGUAUGCACCUACUCCAAAAAAUGGGCUGGAAGCCUGGAGAAGGAUUGGGCAAGGACCGAACCGGUACGUUGGAACCUUUGCUAUUGGAAGUGAAGCUGGAUAAAAAGGGACUAGUCGCCAAUGAAGAGCAAAAGCACAAAAAGAAACCCAAAAUACAGGGUAGCAUUAAAAAUUUCCUCGGGAAGCAUCCGGUAUCGUUACUGGGAGAAUAUGCUUCCAAGAAGAAGUUGGGGGCACCGCAGUAUAUUUUGGAAUUCGAAUGUGGUCCGGAUCAUAAGAAGAACUUCUUAUUUAAGGUGGUCUUGAAUGGUGUCGAAUAUAAACCAAAUGUAGCGGCUAACAAUAAAAAAGAAGCUAAAGCAGCCGCCGCGAGUAUGUGCUUACAACAGAUAGGACUAUUACCAGCAAAACCACAACCUCAACCAUCAGCCCAAGCCCAAACCACAACCUAAGAGUGUAUUUUUAGCAUAACGAAUAAAUUAUUUUCAUAGUUGUUAUAAAAUAUUAAAAUCGUGAUAUU